AUGGCUAUCAGUCGCGCCCCGGAGGCCGCAGAUGUGACUGGUGACGUGCCAGCAUCCGCUGGGCGGAGGAAGAAGGUCGUUGUUGUUGGACUGGGAAUGGUUGGCGUGGCAUUUGUCGAGAAAUUGUUGAAACUGGAUGCAAAGCGCAAGGAAUAUGAUGUGGUGGUCAUUGGCGAAGAACCCCAUCUCGCGUACAACCGAGUCGGACUCACCAGCUUCUUCCAACACAGACAGGUCGAGUCACUCUACCUCAAUCCCGAGUCUUGGUACCAGGGCCACGAGGCAAGCUCUCUCAGUUAUCAUCUCAACACGCUUGUCACCGAGAUCAAGCCUCAAGAAAAAGCCGUGGUCACUUCAAAAGGCGACACUGUCUCAUAUGAUAUUUUGGUCUUGGCAACAGGAUCAGAUGCUCUUUUACCAAAGCACACCCCUGGUCACGAUGCAAAGGGGGUAUUCGUUUACAGAAAAAUCGAAGAUUUAGAGAACCUGAUAGCAUUCUCCUCUACUGUGAAGGGGACAACGGGAUGCGUUGUUGGAGGUGGCUUGCUUGGACUCGAGGCUGCCAAAGCCAUGAUGGAUCUUGAAGAAUUCCAACAAGUCAAACUCGUCGAGAGGAACCGAUGGGUGUUGUCACGACAACUGGAUGGAGAUGCUGGAGGCAUGGUGGUUGAACUUGUCCGUGCCUUGGGUCUGGAUGUCAUGCUCAGCAAACGCGUUGGCAAGAUUUUGACGGAUGAUGCAAAUGCCGUCAAAGGCAUUAUCUUUGAGGAUGGUGAGCAGAUGGACUGCACUUGUAUCAUGUUUGCUAUUGGCAUCAAAGCCAGGGACGAGCUUGCGCGGAAGGCUGGUCUGAAGUGUGCCGAUCGAGGGGGCGGUAUCACCAUCGACAACGACUUGAGGACAAGCGAUCCUAACAUCUAUGCCAUCGGUGAAUGUGCGAGUUGGGAGAACCAGACCUUUGGUCUCAUCGCUCCGGGCGUCGAGCAGGCCGACGUCCUUUCAUUCAAUCUCACCCAGGCCAAAGUCCACGCCCCAAGAACAUUCAAGCGACCAGAUUUGAGUACGAAAUUGAAGUUGUUGGGCGUCGAAGUAGCCAGUUUUGGCGACUUCUUCGCCGACCGGGAUGGGCCUAAAGACCUUCCUAAACGACAUGUCAAACGAGAAGAGAAGAAAGAUGUUGCAGGACAGGACAGGGUUAAGUCGUUACUCGAUGGGCCACCAGCACCGGCUGUCAAGGCACUCACAUAUAAGGAUCCAUUCCAGGCUGUGUACAAGAAAUAUCUGUUCACUAUGGAUGGCAAAUAUCUGCUUGGUGGUAUGAUGAUUGGCGACACCAAAGACUAUGUGAAGUUAGUGCCAAUGGUCAAGAACAAAAAAGCUCUGGAUGUGCCUCCUUCUCAAUUCAUCAUUGGAGCGGCGAAAGACGGCGACGACAACGGCGACGAUUUGACAGACGACACACAGAUCUGCUCGUGCCAUAACGUCACCAAAGGGGACGUCGUCGGAGCGGUCAAGGAUGGCUCUUGUAAAUCCAUCGGCGAUGUCAAAUCAUGUACCAAAGCCGGUACAGGCUGUGGUGGCUGUAUGCCGCUGGUUCAGUCCAUUUUCAACAAGACCAUGAAGGAGAUGGGCAAUGAAGUUUUGAAUCAUCUGUGCCCUCACAUCCCAUAUUCGCGAGCCGAUCUUUACAACAUCAUCUACGUCAAACGACUCCAGAAUUUAGGUGAAGUCAUGAAGGAAGUCGGUACCGAUCCCAAUAGUCUUGGGUGCGAGCUAUGUAAGCCCGCGAUUGGUUCGAUCCUCGCAAGCUCUUUCAACAAGCAUAUCUUGGAGAAGCCCCUGCGUGGACUCCAGGACACCAACGACAAAUAUCUCGCAAACAUCCAACGGAACGGCACAUUUUCGGUUGUGCCUCGCGUGGCUGGUGGGGAGAUCAGCGCCGAUAAGCUGAUCGUCAUUGGCCAGGUUGCAAAGAAAUACAACUUAUACACGAAAAUCACCGGUGGCCAACGUAUUGAUCUGUUCGGCGCGAAAAAGCAAGACUUGCUGAAUAUCUGGAGUGAACUUGUUGCUGGCGGUCUUGAGUCAGGUCAUGCAUAUGCCAAGUCACUUCGAACGGUCAAGUCAUGUGUGGGGACGACAUGGUGUCGUUUUGGAAUUGGGGACUCGGUCGGUAUGGCAAUCCGGCUUGAAGAGCGAUAUAAAUCAAUCCGAGGCCCGCACAAGAUCAAAGGUGGUGUUUCCGGUUGCGUGCGGGAAUGUGCCGAAGCACAAAACAAAGACUUCGGCCUGAUAGCCACGGAGAAGGGGUUCAACAUUUUCGUGGGAGGCAAUGGUGGAGCGACGCCGCGGCAUUCUGAGCUUCUGGCGAAAGACGUACCUCCUGACGAUGUUGUCCCGAUUCUCGACCGUUACUUGAUGUUCUACAUUCGAACAGCAGACAAGCUGCAAAGAACUGCCAGAUGGGUGGAGCAGCUUCCCGGAGGCAUCAAAUAUCUUCGGGAGGUGGUGCUCGAGGACAAACUGGGGAUUUGCGCCGAACUGGAAAAGCAAAUGCAAGAGCUUGUAGGGACAUUCUUCUGCGAAUGGACCGAGACAGUCAACGACCCAGAAAAAAGAAAGGCAUUUGAACAAUUCGCCAAUUCAUCCGAGACCCAAGAGCCUGCGGUGGAGAAAAUUGAGGAAAGAGGACAACUUAGACCAGCGUACUGGGCGGCGGACUCGGUGCUCGACAACUUCAAGGGAACAAGAUGGAGCAGUCUGUCGUGGCAGCCAAUGGUCGAAGCGAAGAAAUUCCAAGAGAUUGACACCGGAUCCUCUCAGACAGUGAUCAGAGGCGACACGCAGCUAGCAGUGUUUAAGCUGAAGGGCAAAUAUUACGCAUCUCAACAAAUGUGCCCGCACAAGCGAACCUUUGGGUUGUCCGACGGGUUGGUCGGUGAGACCUCUUCCCUAGACUGCAAGGACAGCAAACUCUACGUCAGCUGCCCAUACCACAAACGGAACUUCCAACUGAAUGGAGAAGUCGACUUCGAGAAGAAAGACGCUGGCGCAGGAUCAUGCUCCAACGACGCCAGCAUGUCGAUUGCGACGUUCCAAGCCGAAGAGCGGGACGACGGCUGGGUCUAUCUCAAAUUACCACCCGUGCAGGAGAUGGAUGCGGUGCUGGGAACAAGUAAAUGGAUCGUCAAGAAAGAGGAAGGACCCAAACCAUUUGAAAGUCUGGACAGGAAACUUGGACUCAAUAAAGGGUUGAGGGCAUCACGGACAAUGGGUGCGAUGCCAGGAACUGGCAAUGUCAACGCUCGCACGGUGGCUGUUGCAGCGCAAAGGAGGAUUGACUGGUAG